AUGAUGUAAUUUAAUUUAUUGAAAAGCUUUAAUUAUUAUGUCGCUAGUUAUCAUAAUUUGCUUGAGAUGAAUUUUAUAAACUUAAAUAAAUUUUGUUUGUAUUUGAUUCAUUUGAUUUCAGAAUUUUAGAUAUUUGGAAUUGUAGUAUUAAAUUUAAACGAAGAAUUACUUAACUUACCAUUAAUGAAUAUCGAUUAUGGGUUGAAUAUUAUUUCAAUUAUUUCAAGACCAUAUAAAUUAAUUUUACAGGAUAACUUUUUUUUAUAUUCUUACACUAUCCCAUUAACAAUUAUAUUGUUAUAUUUAUCACACUAAAUGAUUACAUUUUUUUUAUUUUCAAACUAGUCUUAAAAAAAUAUAACUGAAUAUGUAAUUAAAAGCAAUAAUAUUAAACUUAUAUUUCAUAGUUUAAAUUUAUUGUUUUUAGCAAUUUUUGAUAAGCUUUUAUGUAUUCCAUGCAUUUAAUUGGCAUGUUAUUCCACUUACAAAAAUAUUAAUAUAGAAUCUUUUGGAGCAGUGGAAUUUAUUAAUACAUUAUUUUCUAUUUUAACCUUAAUUCUAAUAUUUUGGAUACAAUUAUUAUAUUUAAUGUUACUUAAAGAAGCGAUUACAUUAUAACAAUUUAAUUUUAAAGUACUAAUAUUUUAGGGAUUAGACUAUUUUUAAACAUUUAUAAUUUAUAUAAUAGUGAUAUUUGAUUGUAUAAAUUUAGAAAACGCUGUUAAGAAUUAUCUAAUUUUUAUUAUGUUUGUAAUUUCAUCCGUCAUAAAAUUAAAUUAAUUAAUAACAAAGUAUCAAUAUGUAAUUGAAAUAUAAGAUUACUUAAUUAAUUUGAAUGUAGCAUUUAUUAUAAUAUCAGCAAUUUUAAUGGGUAAUAAAUUUAUAGAAGACAAAAAGAAUUUAAUAAUUAUUAUUGUAAUUGUUCCAAGUUUAAUGAUAACAAUUAUUUAAUAAUUAAAAAAAAAGCUUGAUUGUAAUAUGUUAGUUAUUCUUCCUGAAAAUCAAUCUACCUUUACUCAAUAAUAUUUAAUCACUGUUUUUUCAUAAAAAGCUUCAUUGAAUAAUAUUUAAUAAUUUAGUCUAUCUUUAUUUUUAUUUCAUCAUAAAAUCAAUUGCCAAGAUUAAUCAUGUUCAUGUAAAAUUUAAGGAUUGGCUAAAAAUGAAAUAAAAUUAAGAUAACUUUAUCUAAAGUAAUUAAUAUUGGAUUUUGGUAAAUCCAUUAAUAAAUUAACUGAUUAAAGUUUAAGGGGAUUCUUCGCCUUAUUUUAUAUAUAGAGUCUAAUAGCAAUCAAUUAAUCAGUAAAAGCUUAUCAAUAAACUAAUAUAUUACUACUAAAAUAAAAUGUUCAUUAAAAUAUUGAUUAAUAAAAUAUGUUUAGUGAGCAAACUACAUAUUCUAUGACAAUUGAAGAAAAUUAAAAUGUUUAUAAAAAGAAGAGCAACUCUAAUAUUAUUCACAAGUUAGAAAAGAUCUCCUUAAAUUACAUUAGUUAUAUUAAUCUUAUAAAAAUUAGUAUAAUUUUAGAAAUAGCAAAAUAAAAUUUAAUUUCUAGCUUUAGUUUUGGAAAUAUUGUCCAAAAAACAUAAUUAAGCUAAAGUGUACAAUUAUUUAUGAAAGUAGAAGAGUAGCAUCAAUAAUUAAAACAGAAUAUUACAAAUAUUAUCAAUAGAAAGAAAGAUAUCUUUAUGAUAAUGUCUUCAACUACAAGAUUAAAUCCUGAAAGAUUCUUGCAUUAAUGUUUAGAGUUGAUAAGAAAAAUCAAUUUUAUGGAAAAUUAAUUAUAACAUCUGUUUUAAGAAUUUCCAAGCAAAAAAAUGUAAUCCAUUUAUUCAUUUUAUUGUGCAGAAAUAUUAAAUAAUUUUUUAUAGGCCUUUAGGAUUAUAAAUUAUAAUUCAAUUUCUGAUAAUGCUUUAAUUAAAAUAUAAAAAAAUUAUCAAGUUGAUUUAUUAACUACUUAAUUACAUUAUAUGAUCUUAGUUAUGGAUCACUAAGGAACAGGAUUAUAGAUAGUAGAAAGAUCACAUUAAAUGCACAAAAUAGGUGAAUAUGAUUAAUAAGAAUUUAAAGAAGUUAAAUCUAUACUUUCCUUAUUACCAAGAGGAUUCUCAACUAUUCAUAAACACUUAAUAGAAGAUUUUCUUAUUUUUGGUAGAUCUAAAUUCUUUAGAGAAUAAAAUGUGAAUUUAAUUUUAUAAAAAGAUUUAUUUUUAAGUCCAGUUGAUUUUUUCUUUGAUUUUGACCUUACAAAAUUGUAAGAACUAACUUUUUAAGUUUUUUUUUCAGAAAAUAAUACAACAAAUUCAUAUCUCAUUCUAAAUAACAAACAUCUAAUUUUAGGUAUUACUAAAGAAUUAUGUAAGUAAUUGAAAUUAUAAGAAUGUGAAUAUGAAAAAUUGCCAGAUUUAUUUUACUUAACUGAUAUUCAAUAAUUAAUUCCAGAAUAUUAUUCAUUGAUAGAUUAAAAUAAAAUAGAUAAAAGUUAACCUAUUUCUAACGUUUAAAUUAUUUUCAAUGAUAAAAAUCAAACAGGUUAAAAAUCUUCUUUUUAAACUUAUUAUGAUUAAAUGAAAAAAAAUCCUGAUUGUAUUAGAUUUUAUUAUGCAAAUAUAAUGGUAACUAUAAGAUAAACUCAUUCUAUUAUUGAAAUAAAAAAUGUAUUGGAAUCAAAAAAAUCAAUUUAAUUAGAUACUAAUGAUUAAGAUUAUUUUGAAUAAGAACUUUAUGAUUUUAUGGAAGAAUUCCAUAUUUAAUAACCUAAUUAAUUUAAUGAUGAUUUAUUUCCAAAACUUAAAAAAGAAUUAGAUAUUUAAAAUGAUUGUUUUAUUUAAGAAGAAAUUCCCGAACAUCUUGAUUAAAUUGAAACUAAUAGAGUUAUGUCUCUUUAAUAAAGAUAAUUGAUAUCAGAAUCUGUUUAAUAAUUUGAAUUAAUAAGCCCUUAAAGAAGUAAUAGAUAAUUAAUUGAUAAAACAACGAGUUUUGCAACUCAUUAAAUAAAUUUAAGUUGUUAACAAAGAUUUUUUUUAAAUUAAAUUGAAGAAAAAGAAAAGGAACAAUCUUAAUCUAAUUAAUCAGGAGUUAAUAAGGGAUUUGCAUAAUUAAACAACUAUGAUUAAAAUUAAUAAAAUGCUGAAAUCAGAGAAAAUUUAAGGUAAUAAUUAUAUGAAGAAAAUCAAACUACUAUACAUGCCAAGAAAGUUAAUUUAGAUAAUGCAGCCUCUAGUACUUUAGGAACUUUUUCAUAAAAUUUUUAAUUGUAUAAAAAAUAUGAAUUACUCCAAUAAAUAGUUUCAUCUGUCAAAUUUUCAAUUAUUUUUGAUUUAAUGAUAUUUUCACUUUUAGUUGUUUCAUUAAUAUCAAUUAUAUUUGCUAUCAUUUUAAUCAAUAAUUCAAGUUCUGAUAUUUAUAGUGCAUUAAGUUAAUUGCAAAUGUUAGAAUUUUAUACUUCUUACAUGAAUCCUUGUUAUUUAUUUUUAUCAUCAUUUACUUCAUCAUAUAAUUAUAGAUAUGAAUCAUUUGAUCAUAAUUAAACAUAAUUAAUAGAAUUUUUAAUCUAAUAUCAUUAGUAUAACAUAAAUUAAUCAUUUGCAAAUAUAAAACAAAGUUACUCCAAUUAAACCAAAGGUAAUUUGUUAUAAUAAGAACUUUCAACAAAAAUAAUAAAUUUUAAAUACAUUAAAGAAAAUGAUUUUAGUAUUGAAGAAAUUUCAUUACGUGAAGCAAUUUUUUAAAUUAUUCAAUAUUUAUACAACUUCUAGUCCAUAUAUAGUUAGGAUAAUAAAUUAGAAUAAAUGAUUUAAUAAUUUAUACAGUUUAUCAUAAAUUUGGAUGAAAUUGAAAAUGAAAUAUUCAACUUAAAUACAGAAAUUAUAACUUAUAUUAGUGAUAGUAAUUUAUUAUUAUAACAUAAGUGGAUUAUUCUUUGUGUUAGAUGCACUUAUUUAAUUCUAUUCUUUUAGUUAUCUGCUUGGAUAUUAUAUCUUAAACAUUUAAGAAAGUACUCAAAAAUGUUAAAAUUAUUUCAAAAAGUAGAUAUAGUUUGGGUUUUUAGAGAUUUGGAAAGAUGCAAGGAAUUAUUGAGUUUACUAAACAAAGAUUCUAAUUUAAUGUUUAGAUAUAAAUUUAAUAUAUUAUUAAAGGAAAGAUUCUUUAGAAGUGAAUUAUCUAAGAAACAUAUAAUCUAAGAGAAGAUUAAGAGAACAGGAUUCAUAAAAUUGGAUUCAAAAUAAAAGCUAUUACUAAGUAGGGCUAGUAGUUUUAUUUUUUUCUCAAGUUUAUUUGGUAUUUUCUUUCUUUUUUCAUUUGUUAUGAAUUUUUAAGGAAUUAAGUUUAUGGAUUUCUAUCAAAUGAAAAGUUAACAAUAUAAUUAUAUAGGUGAACUUUCCAUAUCUAUUCCUAAAGCCUAUAGCAAAAGAGAAUUGCUUUAUUUGAGAAGUAAUAACUUUACGGGUUCUGAAUAUAUAUCUGAUAAUUUAACAACCUAAUAUUUAUAAAUUAUUUAGAGUAGUUUAGAUGUUUUGAGCAGUUAUUUAUAAACUUAUACAUUUUUAGAGAGUAAUUAUAAUGAUUAGAAAUUAUUGGAAUUAAAUAAUCAUACAUUAUGUGAAGAGGAUAUCAUUGCUAAGACAUUUGAUUUACAGUAACAAUAUUUAUGUAAACAAAUUUAUGAAAAUGUUAUGGAUAGGGGUCUGUCUAUUACAAUCACAAAAAUUAGAGAUGUACUAUUGACUGAAAUGAAUAAUUCCUAAUCUUUUUCCUAAAGAACUAACCCACCAUUUAAUGAAAUAGAAAUUGGCAUUUAUUUGAGCACCAUUCUUAUGAAUGUUUUAUAAACUAUAAAAAUUGAAUUAUCGAAUUAAGCCGAUUAAUUAAAUAUAACUAUUUAGGUAAUUCUAAAAUUUAUAUUUUAGAUUGUUUCCAUCAUAUAUUUAAUAUUUACUUUCCUUAAGAUAAUUUUAAUUCUUUUUUUUAUUAGGACCCAUUAUUUGAAUGAAUUCCAAAAUAUUAAAAAAUUAACAAUCUUAUUACCAUAGGCUGCAUUAUUUAUUGAUGAUUUAUUUGAGAGAUAAUUAAGAUAAUUAAUUGCUAAAGAAAAUCUAGUUUGA